UUGCAGCCUACAUGUGCGAGUUUAUGAAAGACGUCUCUGCGGGAGCACUUACAGGGGUAAUUGGCACUGUUGUUGGGCACCCCUUGGAUGUCAUCAAACUGAGGCUGCAAGGUGAGCCUGGCGUCUACCGUAGUAUAUUAGGAUGUGGAUAUGCAAUAUUUCGAGAAGCUAAUGUACGAGGACUAUUCCGAGGUCUGAUACCUCCUAUGGUCAAUCUGACUCUAUUGAAUUCACUAGCCUUUGGUCUUUAUGGCAAUUUCAAGAAGCUCAUGUCAGAUCGCAUGUCUAACUACGUGGCAUCCAGCAAACUUCAAUAUUUCGUAAUGGGAUGUGGCGUGGGUUUCGUCACCUCUCUCGUCUCAACACCCUCAGAAUUCUUGAAAGUGAAGAUGCAGCAUUCGUCUGGAAAAAUAUAUAAUGGCAGCCUGGACGCACUCAUAAAGAUAUCUAAACAACAUGGCAUGAGCGCACUUUAUACAGGCUACACUAUAAACACUAUUAGGGAAAUGAUGUUUUCUACCACCUACUUCGGGGUGUACGAGCUUUCCAAGGCAUCUUUGAUGAGCCAGCUGGGUAACAUAUUCAAUGCCCAAUGCGCCAUCCUCUUGUCUGGGGGCAUUUCAGGCAUGCUGGGAUGGGCAGUCAGCUAUCCUUUAGACGUCAUUAAAAACUUGAAGCAAUCCCAAAGCUUAGAGAAGAGCCAGGUGUCAAAUAAAGUGUCAGCCCUGGCUUUGUCGAGAGAACGACUCAGUAAGUUUGGAGUUGCUGGAUUUUACUACGGAAUUCAAAUUUCUCUAGUAAGAGCUUUUAUUGUUUCUUCAGUUCGGUUCAGUGUAUAUGAAUCCGCUGUACAUAUGUGGAACGCUUUUGAACAGAAUCUACUCAACUCUGUAAAAAUAUAGCCGAAAAAGUGUUCUCUGGGCGAAUAUCGUUGCUGCAAAAGCAAAUACAUCGAAAAAAAAAGAAUACAAGCGCCUUGAAGUCUACGAUUCGGGUUUACCUGUUGUGCGAUCUGCAGCAUUUUUUGGAUGUCAUAGCUAAAAAGAGUGCACUUCAUUACUUGGAGUUGUGUCAUAAUCAUCUCAUGUAUAUUAUAAAUAUUUGUUACAAGA